AUGUAAAUUCGUUAAGAGUAAGAAUAUAUAAUCAUUUAAGACCAGAUCUUGAUUGCGAAUCAAUUAAAAAUGCCCUUAGAAACAUAAACUAAAGACUCAACAAUCUUUAAAAAAUAAUACCACCUGAUAUCAUUGUAGAAAAGGAUCCAAAAAUACCUAAAUUGAAUUUAAAAAAAAUAGGAAUAAUUUAAGAAGAAAAUAAAUAAAUACAUUAAAAAGUGAUUACUAAUUUUGGAACUAACAAUUAGAACAUAAUAGAAUAAUAAAAUAAAGUUCCAUUUAAAAUGAGAAGUUAAUCAUUUAAUCAUCAUAUUGAAUCAACAUCAUUUGACAUUAAUUUUAAGGAAUUUCUUCCUUAAAAUAUAUACAAUACUAAUGUUUAAAUUGAGAAAACUCAACAUUAUAAUGAAUUUGAUAUUUAAAAAAGAAGUUAAGAAAUACUCAAUAAAUCAAACAAUAAUAAUAAAGAAAAUCUUAAAAUAUAAUGCCUUAAUCUUUUACCACCAACUAAAAUGACUUAGCCUAAAAUAUAAUAAAUUACUUAGUAUAACUAAUCAAAGAUAAAUACAACUCCAGUAAAAAUCAUAUCUAAGAAAUCCCAGCCUAAUUCACAAAUUAAUCAUUUUCAAAAUUAACAUCCUUUCAUUUAUCAAUAGUUAUAUGUACAGUAACCCAAUUAAUAAUAUGUGAAGUAUUAAAUUAAUAAGAUAAUAGAGUAAUAUAAAAUUAUGAAUCUUCCAAUGGCCCAAUUAUAUAAUAUAGAUAUUCUCAACAUAAUAAUUCUAGAUCUUCAUCAUUUCAUAACUUAGAGAACUAUUAAAUUGAAAAAAUAUGA